AUGUCGUUUCUACAAAAUUUCCAUCUAAGCCCAGGGCAAACAAUUCGAUCGACGCGAGGCUUCAAAUGGAACACCGCAAAGAUAAAUCAAGAUCAUAUGAAUUAUGGUGUGAGUGAUACGUCAGCGCAGUUAUUCUCAACUCCACAAAAAGGCCAGCAGCAAGUGGUGACCGAUUUCAAUUAUAGUCCAUCCCAUCAGAAACCAUACCUCAGCGUAUCGCAGGGCACUGCCGUGUCGUCGCACAAGGACCUAAAACAGAUCGUGGAGACAACUUUAGGGUCAGAGGGCGUUCUGAAUCAAGCAGUUAAGCUCCCUAAGGGAGAGGAUAUCAACGAGUGGAUCGCUGUCCACUGUGUGGAUUUCUACAACCAAAUCAAUAUGCUGUAUGGGGCAAUUACAGAAUUCUGCUCACCAGAGUCGUGCCCUCGCAUGAUUGCGACCAGUGAAUAUGAAUAUUUGUGGACCGUUAAUCCAGGCUCACCACCGGUAUCAGUCUCAGCUCCAAAAUACGUUGAGUACCUGAUGCGGUGGUGUCAAAACCAGUUUGACGAUGAGACGGUGUUCCCUUCCAAACCUAACAUACCCUUUCCUGUGAGUUUCAUCGAGGCCCACGCGAAGCCAAUUCUUAAAAGGCUCUUUCGGGUUUACGCACAUAUCUACUGCCAUCACUUCAACGAAAUACUGGAGCUUAGUCUGCAAACAGUCUUGAACACAAGUUUCCGGCAUUUUUGUUUAUUUACUCAAGAAUUUCAGCUAUUGAGAAAGCAAGAUUACGGACCACUCAUAGAAUUGGUGCAGGAGUUAAAAGAUAGGUAG